GGACAACAGGUAUUUGCCCUCUCGUGCCUAUUGGCGUGCAUCAUCGGGGACCACCGCCGUCCGUGAGACCCAGCCCCCGGAGUGGGGAGCCUGGGACGACCGUGGGGGUGGCCGCGGCAGAGCAGGAGUGCUUUAACACCUUAUUGAAACUAUAACCAUCUACGACAGUUCGAUGUGGACAGCUUCCAUAUUUUGAAAGCCUGAAGUAUUUUAUCAUGAAGCAUGCCUUGUGGAAUCUUUGAAGCUUAAAGCUCUGCCCAGCACCUGAGUCAGAAAUCCCUGCUUGGAAAUUGAGGAGCUCCUGACAGACACCAUGACAAGCCAAGAGAAGUGGGCGCACCUCAGCCCCUCGGAGUUCUCCCAACUUCAGAAGUACGCAGAGUACUCUACAAAGAAAUUAAAAGAUGUUCUUGAAGAAUUCCAUGGUAAUGGUGUGCUUGCGAAGUAUAAUCCUGAAGGGAAACAAGACAUUCUUAACCAAACAAUAGAUUUUGAAGGCUUCAAGCUGUUCAUGAAGACAUUCCUGGAAGCUGAGCUUCCGGAGGAUUUCACUGCACACCUUUUCAUGUCAUUUAGCAACAAGUUUCCUCACUCUAGUCCAAUGGUAAAAGGCAAGCCUGCUCUUCUUCCCGGUGGUCUAAGAAUGAAUAAGGGUGCCAUCACCCCUCCUCGCUCUUCUCCCGCCAACACGUGUUCCCCAGAAGUUAUCCAUCUAAAGGACAUUGUUUGUUACCUGUCUCUCCUUGAAAGAGGAAGGCCCGAGGAUAAACUGGAGUUUAUGUUUCGCCUUUAUGACACGGAUGGGAAUGGCUUCUUGGAUAGCUCGGAACUAGAAAAUAUCAUUGGUCAGAUGAUGCAUGUGGCAGAGUACCUCGAAUGGGACGUCACUGAACUUAAUCCAAUCCUUCAUGAGAUGAUGGAAGAAAUUGACUACGAUCGUGACGGCACUGUCUCUCUGGAGGAGUGGAUUCAAGGAGGAAUGACGACCAUCCCGCUUCUUGUACUUCUGGGCUUAGAGAAUAACGUGAAGGAUGAUGGGCAGCAUGUGUGGCGACUCAAGCACUUUAACAAGCCUGCCUACUGCAACCUCUGCCUGAACAUGCUGAUCGGCGUGGGCAAGCAGGGCCUCUGCUGCUCCUUCUGCAAGUACACAGUCCAUGAGCGCUGUGUGGCCAGAGCGCCUCCUUCUUGCAUCAAGACCUAUGUGAAGUCCAAAAAGAACACGGAUGUGAUGCACCACUACUGGGUCGAAGGAAACUGCCCAACCAAGUGUGAUAAGUGCCACAAAACAGUUAAAUGUUACCAGGGACUGACAGGACUGCACUGCGUUUGGUGUCAAAUCACGCUCCACAAUAAAUGUGCUUCCCAUCUAAAGCCUGAAUGUGACUGUGGGCCUCUGAAGGACCAUAUUUUACCACCCACCACCAUCUGUCCAGUGGUACUGCAGAAUCUGCCCACUUCUGGAGGUUCUGUUCCUGAGGAAAGACAGUCAACAGCGAAAAAGGAAAAGGGCAGCUCUCAGCAGCCAAACAAAGCGCCUGACAGGAAUAAGAUGCAAAGAGCGAACUCCGUUACCGUGGACGGACAAGGCUUGCAGAUCACUCCUGUUCCUGGCACUCAUCCACUUCUUGUUUUUGUGAACCCCAAAAGUGGUGGGAAACAAGGAGAACGAAUUUACAGAAAAUUCCAGUACCUACUAAACCCUCGACAGGUUUACAGUCUUUCUGGAAAUGGACCAAUGCCAGGAUUAAACUUUUUCCGCGAUGUUCCUGACUUCAGAGUGUUAGCAUGUGGUGGAGAUGGAACUGUGGGCUGGAUUUUAGAUUGCAUAGAAAAGGCCAAUGUAGUGAAACACCCUCCUGUUGCUAUUCUGCCGCUUGGGACUGGCAAUGACCUAGCAAGAUGCUUGCGGUGGGGAGGAGGUUAUGAAGGUGAGAAUCUGAUGAAGAUCCUCAAAGACAUUGAAAGCAGCACAGAAAUCCUGCUGGACAGGUGGAAGUUUGAGGUCAUACCAAAUGACAAAGAUGAGAAAGGAGACCCCGUGCCUUACACUAUCAUCAACAAUUACUUUUCCAUCGGAGUGGAUGCCUCCAUUGCACACAGGUUCCACAUCAUGAGAGAGAAGCACCCAGAGAAAUUCAACAGUAGAAUGAAGAACAAAUUCUGGUAUUUUGAGUUUGGCACAUCUGAAACUUUCUCAGCCACCUGCAAGAAGUUACAUGAAUCUGUAGAAAUGGAAUGUGAUGGAGUACAGAUUGACUUAAUAAACAUAUCUCUGGAAGGAAUUGCUAUUUUAAAUAUACCAAGCAUGCAUGGAGGAUCUAAUCUUUGGGGAGAGUCUAAAAAGAGAAGAAGCCAUCGACGAAUAGAGAAAAAAGGCUCUGACAAGAGGCCCACACUCACAGAUGCCAAAGAAUUGAAGUUUGCAAGUCAAGAUCUGAGUGACCAGCUGCUGGAGGUCGUGGGUCUGGAAGGAGCCAUGGAAAUGGGGCAAAUAUACACGGGGCUGAAAAGUGCCGGCCGGCGGCUGGCUCAGUGCUCCUCAGUGGUGAUCAGGACUAGCAAGUCUCUGCCGAUGCAGAUAGAUGGGGAACCAUGGAUGCAGACCCCAUGCACAAUAAAAAUUACCCACAAGAACCAAGCCCCAAUGCUGAUGGGUCCUCCUCCCAAAACCGGGUUAUUCUGCUCUCUCGUCAAAAGAACAAGAAACCGAAGCAAGGAGUGACCCUGUGUUCCCAGGCAAAAUUGGCAAAUUUGGACCAGGGAACACUCUGAACCAUUUCAAGACACCUGCUCCUGAAAAAUCAUGGAAUUGUUUUAACAGUUUUUUUGUUUGUUACUGAGUUAAUGUAAAAUUCAGCUUUUAGAAUUUUAUUGUGUCUGUUUUUUAUAGGCAUCUUUGCAUGGAAAAAUCAGUUUACAUGAAGUGAUACUGCGUAUUUUUGUUGCAUGCAUUCCCACAGGUUUUUAUGUCUCCUGCCCAUAUCUUAGCCCAUUCCCACAUUCUGAUCUGUGAGAAAAACCUGUGAAAGAGGAAAAGGAAACAGCAUGGGAAACAUCAUUUUCGGUGUGACUGCAGUGAUUGAUAAUCAUGAAUCAGUCUUGCUCAAUGAUGUGAGUGCAGAAUUUUGUGCCUCCCUGUUAGAAUCGGUGUUCAAUAUUUGGCAUAUGACUUGAGAAAUUUUAAUGGAAAGGUGUUAUUAAUUAGUUGUCUAUGAUACCUUGCUAUAUCUAAAUAGAUUUUCUUCAACAUUUUAACACUUCAGAGUGAAAAUUAAAAUAUUAGGCAUAAGGUUUUCUUGUGCUCAAAAAAAAAAGUAGUUUUCAUUUUGUUUUGUUUUGUUUUCACUUCCAAAAACAUGAGUGAAAAAAUGUUUCUUGGCAGUGAAUUGUGAGACUAUGACAAGCAUUAUUUCUUGUUGCAUGAGAAUUUAAACGAAAGUUCAUAAUCACACUAGUAACCAAAUAGAUGUUUUAAAUCAUGUGCCUAAUGAAUGUGUUUCCCGCCAAAGAUUCAGAAAAAAAAAUGUUUGGGAGAAAUGGUUUAUACAUAAUUAAUUAAGCAUUGUGGAACAAAUUUAUAGCACCUGUGAUUAAUCUGUAAUAACUAAAAAGCCGGAAGAGAGUUACCCAUUUAUUAUGAUUAAAAUGCUCUCCAAUCACAAACAGUUGGCCUUACAACACAAUGAAAGCUCAAUAGCCAAUUUCUUGGUCAUUUGGUCCUCCUGAAAUAUAGGAGCCUGUAACUUUUAGUGGAUCAGUUAAGUACACUUGAAGGAAGUGAAUAACUGUAUCAGUGCCCCUCUGGUAGGAACGGGCACCUGGAAGCACAGUGAGCACACGGGAACAAAUCAUGCAGCAUCUAGCCCCUUCCCACUCACCUACGGCAGCCCCACUGCCAGCACAUUUCAGAGGUUUACUUGGAAUUAUAUAAUGACACAGAUCACUGCCCAAGGUGUCCAUGGUAUGGCUGGAAUCUCCGAUUGCUUAAAGAAAUCAUGGAAUUCCCGCUUUUCUUGGUGUUUCAUUGAGGCUAGUGUACGGAGUGAGCUACUUCUGAGCAGCCUAAGCACUGUUCUUUCCUACUGGUCCGCAUCUCGCUGCUGCAUGUGCUGUGUUUUCAAACAUGUCAUAAGGACGGCUAGUGCUUAGAAUGCAUGAUUUAUUAGUUUUUCCUUCCACUCUGCAUUAAAGUGCUAAUGAUUUAUCAGUUCUAUUUUUCUAUUGACUCAUUCAUCUUUGAAUACAAAUAGCAUUUAGUGAUUCUGUUGCAAACAAUCCUCUGCAUGGAUUUAUUGAUUUCAAGUACAAUUGCUAUAAUUUUAGGCCUUUGGUUUGAAAAUUCAACUGAAUGAUGUUAUAUGAAAUCACGAUUCAUGCAAGAUGCUCUAAUGGAAUAUCAUAUAUAAAACAUAUUCUUUUAGUAUUCCAGGAACACUGGAAGCUAAAUCCCAAUCAACAAUAGCUUUAUUUGCAUUAAAAAUUAAAGCUCUUGAAUAAAAUUAAGAUGUAAUUUAGAAAACCCAGGAAAAUUCUGAUCAAAAUUGCAAAUUCAGUACAGUAAACACUUCCUUGCCCUAGUACAAAAAUAACAAAACAGUUAUUUGGCAAAGCAGUAAUCUAGAUCUAUAGUAAGUUCAAAACAUUAACAAAUGAAUCACUUCACUGGUAUAAUAUUACAUAACACAGGCAUGAAUUUUUGUGUAUGUAUAGUUCUAAGUAAUAAAUAUUUUUACAUGAAUUGAUGAGUUUUUCUACAAUGGGCAGGCAGGCCUUAUAUCAAAAACAUUUUGAAUCCACAAAUUAUUUUAUUCAGUACACUGCACAGUGAUUUCUUGGUUACCUCUUAGAGUGUGUUGUUUAAAGCAGUAACAGUUUCUGAAUCAUUUUUAACAAUCUGUGUACUGGAAGAAUGUUGGAUAGACAGUGGGAUGAGACAAAUUUAACAAGCUGCCUAUGUGAUUUCAGUAAUUGAAAUAAUGGGAGGCAGUUUCAACGUAGCUGAAUAAUGAUAAUUAGUGCCAACAGUAGUUACAUUUGCAGUCAGUCAGAUUCAUGGUAACACUGAUAGUUUCUUUUUUUAUGGUACUAAUGUUCUUGCCCUUCAAGUAUACUACUCCUGGGGUUUACAAAGUAGUUUUUUUUUUUUAAUCUACUUUAUCUUGAUGGUUUUGAAAUAAAGAAGAUAUUCUCUCCCUUUUUAUGACAGCUUCAUGUGAAGAAUAUAUAUUUUAAGGAAAAUACUAAAUGGAAAGUUCUAUGGCAUAUUAAAAUACUUAAUAAUGAAUGUUAGUUUUAUAAAAUGGAAACUUUUCUUCUACAAGUGUGGAUGUUCAAGCUGUUGAACUGACCUCUUCAAUACAGAAGAUAUAGUGGUAAUAAGGUUUUAAGUGAAGUUCACGUGAAAACCAUUAUUGCACUCACACAAGGGACAGAGGGAAAGAUGCGCCUUGCUAAACACUGCCAUAUGCUGAGUUCGGGAACAAAUUCUACAAUAAAAACCAAGAGACACUUUUAAAAAUUAGGAGUGGUGAGUUCUGUGUGAAACAAAUGUUUUCUCUCUUCCGUGUUUAUAUCAUGUGUAUUUGAUGUGGAAAAUGGUGAUCUUUUUGUUUGUUUGUUUUUAUGGAAAGAGAAGUCUUGCAGGACUUGACAAAAUCGCACUGAAGGACAGUCUUGUCUUUUGAACAUGGUGUGUAGUUGCAGCCUUCCUGAGAUGAUGGAGACUUAUAGAGACAGCCCACUGCCACAACCUAGUGAAGAACAAGGAAUUGCAAGUGUGCUGCCAUGCUUCAUCCUAGUUUCCAUCUGUUGGGGAUGAAGAUUAAAUACAGUUUUCAGGGAAAAACAUGUUUGAAUCUCAGACUGUCUAUGCUACUCAAAUGACACAAGACUUUUACAUAGUCGCACUCCUUUUUCUGUGAGUUAGCUAGUUUUCUAUUAAUUAUGAGAAGAAAAAAAUGGACUUUUCAUGGCACAUAUAGCACCCAAAGAAUUAUUCAAUGGACAACAUAUAUAUUCCACAUUAAAAUACCAAGUCCUUCUAAAGUACGAGACUGUAGAAUUUAAUAAAAAUAAAUUAAUGAAUGAAACUGACGAAAGAACUUUCAUUUUGUGGCAGAAUUCACUCCUUAAUAUUCCCAAAUUAAGUUGCAUUGUGUUUAAAUAAGUCGGAGUAAACUCACACUUGAAUGUUUCUAUACAUUCUUACUGUGUUUAAAAAUAGAGUUCAUUUAACUACAGUAUCUUAAUUAUUUUCUCAGAAACUGUUAUGUAUA